AUCGUGACUACGUGUGAAACGUCAUGGCUGGAGCUUAGAGCAAUAACAAUAACAAGCCCAGUGACAAAGACAGCUGCAGCAGCUGUGUGCAUGCAAAGGGACAGCUUACGGGGCUCCAUACUGAGAGGGAGACACCAUGUCUGACAGCCAGGCACAGAACCUGCAGGAUGAAAACUUACAGGCAGGUUCAUGGGUAGAACUGCACUUCAGCAAUAAUGGACAUGGCAGUACCAUGCAACAUUUGGGCCAGGAGCAGGUGCCCGCCUCAAUUUCUAUUCACAAUGGAGAUAUGGAGAAAAUCUUACUGGAUGCACAGCAUGAAUCGGGAAGAAGCAGUUCUAGAGAGAGUUCACACUGUGAUAGUCCACCUCGCUCUCAGACUCCCCAGAGUAUUCAGAGAUCUAUAGAGAGUGACACACAGGGCAGCAAGGAAAAGAGCAGUUCUCAGUCAGAAGAAGAUUUUAUUGAUCGUCGGAAAGAGUUAGAAAACUUACUAAAAAAGAAUUCAGACUGGAUAUGGGAUUGGUCUAGCAGACCAGAAAAUAUACCACCCAAAGCUUUUCUAUUCAAACAUCCCAAGCGUAUCACGGCCCUCAGCAUGAGGAACACAAGCGUCAUGAAGAAAGGGGGGAUUUUUUCUGCAGAAUUUUUAAAAGUUUUUCUACCAUCACUGCUGCUUUCUCAUAUUCUGGCUAUCGGAUUAGGGGUGUAUAUUGGACGGCGUCUGACAACAUCUGCUGGCACGUUUUAGGUGGACAAGAGUCAACGUUUUAUUUGAGCAUAAAAAAUAAAUCAUUCAUUUCUCCUGCUCUGUAAAUGAAUGUUUUGCAUUAAGCUUAAUCGUAGUGAUGGGAUAUCUGCCUGUAAAAGAAUGAUGGCAAAUUUUGGCACUUUGUGUUUUUCAAAUGUUUCCCAUGAUGCUAAGCCCAAGUAGCAACGUUGGCUAUUACAGCUCUUGAUGUAAGGUAACAUUUUCAUUUAAAUCACUGAGUGUACAAAACGCAUUUUCAGCAACUGUGAAUCACAACAGCAUAAGACACAAGUAGGCUUUCAGUGUGAAAGGGUCAUUUUCCUCUGCCCACUUUUGUAAAAGUGACUGAAACCCAUGGUGUGGUCCCUGGCAUCUGAUUUUAUCUUGCAACUGUGAAGUGUCAGUUUUGAGAUUCUGAACUCUAUUGGAGAUCUUUCUUUAAAGCUAACUGUAUAAAAAAAAUAUUCAAUUUAGUGUGCAUUUGUCCAGCAUAUGUCAAAUAAUUGUAUCAAAUCUUGUGUUUAGAAGUUUGUUAUAUGCACAAAUAGCAAGCCUGUAAAUAUUACAAACAUGCCGUAGGUGGCAAAUAAUGAUGCUGAUUUUAGCACUGAAGGAAAUUACUGCACUAGUAUUAGGGAAAUAUUCUCUCAAUAGAAUCAAAGAAAGAAACAUUAAUUCAAAUUGGUCUGUAAGAAGUAAGCUGCAUAUAUACUCUUACAUUUCAUAAAACCAUCUAAAAAUAUAUCUCUUAUUCAGUAUAGUGAGCUUUGGAAAGAUACAAGUUUGGCAAAAUAAGGCCAGAAACGAUCCCUAACUUGGCUGUGCUAGAGAUUUUUAUGAAUUUGACCAAUCUGUCCCAGAUUUUACAACUAGGAUGCAUUUAAUGGAUAAACCCCAAUGUAUGCUCUGGCAUACACUUACCUAAUGAUUACAUCGUUUUUAAGUUAAAAAGACACUAUAGGCACCAAAACAACUUUAGCUUAAAGGGACACUCCAGUGCGAAGAAUAUAAAGCUGUAUUUCUGGCACUAUUGCUCCCCCCCCCCCCCCUUCCCAUAAGUCAAGGGUUAAAAAACCUUUAUUUACUUACCUGAUCGCAGCCGGUUUUCUAGAAAGUGUAAAGUGUUACAUUGUCAAAGAAAAUGAACAUUGUUGGACCACGACCACUACAUUAAAAGGACACUAUAGGCACCCAAUGGUCUGGGUGCAGUGCUUCUCUCCCCUUAACGCUGCAAGUGUAAACAUACAUUGCAGGGUUAAGGCUGUCUCCCAGACAGUUUACCAAAACAAUGCAGGUCUUGACUCAAUACUUUCUUAUGGGAAAGGCCUAAUACGCUUGG